CCCUCAAAAGUGCCAAACAAACAAGGGAAAAAUUUUCAUCCAUUUUCUAUCGCCCAUCAUCAAUUCCUAGAAACUGCUUGUUCAACGCGUCUGACUUGGAAAAACAUGGACGCACAAAAUAACUACUUGAAAAUGGCUCCUCAUCUGCUGUCUUCUUCUCCACUACUGGUAACAGAAAAAGACUCGAACUUUCUCUUACUUGUUUCUAAACAACUUUCAAAAAGUGGACUUUGGUUUCGAAUCACCAUUUCUCCCUUCUUUUUUUGGCCACUUUUCUAUGGUUUUUCUUACUGGGUUUAUGGAGGUAUUGCUUUUGCUUCAUGGGUUCUUGGUAUAAUUGAUUGUGGGUGAUGAAAGUAGGUCUUUUUGCUCCAUGGGGUUUUGAGUUAAGUGGUUUUGCUUCAUGGGUUUUUGAUAGAACUCUUUUUGCUUGGUGGGUUUUGAUUCUAGUGGCUUCGCUUCAUGGGUUGUUGAAAAAGCUGGUGUCUUUUAGGGUUUCUUGUUGUUGAGUUUUAGAGGUAGAAGAAGAAUAUUGUAAGAUGGCUGGGGUUUUGAGGAAAUUUUUGCCUAUUCAGUCUCCGAUUCAUGUAGAAAAGGAGGAUGAUGACGACAAGAUUAAAAACUUGGAAUACUCAUUUGCCUUGCCAUAUUCUGGCCCUCUGCUUACUUGUGAUGUUCCUCAAGCAGUGCCUAUUGAUUUUAGGCAGAUCCCAAUUGCUUCUCCUGCGAUCGGUUCUGGCUCUUUGUUGACUGAUGUUUCAUUGCCAGUUGUGCAGCCUAUUGUAAAGUCUCACAGGAAACUGUCGAAGAAGCCAAACUUAGUCUCAGAUAGGACUGUUUGCUUAGAAACGGAUGGUGGCAUGGAUGGAAAUGGCAUGCCAUGUGAAGCAUCUAGAGUAGAUGACUCGAGUUCUUCGCUUUGUGCAAACGAUGACGAGCGCGGACCAAAGUUAUCUGAUGGAAUACAAAGUUCUGGUAGAUUGGAUUUUUUCAGUGGUUGUGGUAGUUCUGGUGAAUUACCACGAAGCUUGGAAGUGUCGGAAUUGCCUGAUAACGGUAGCGAAAAUGAAGGUCGAGACUUUUACGAUUAUAUGAAUCCCGCAAAUUAUGAAUCGAUAGGAUCUGAAAGCUCACACAGUAAUUCAUCUGAGAUUUUUUCUUGCCAAGAGGAGGAUCAUAAUGAAGAAGCUCCUGGCCAUGUCAGAAGGCCAUCAAUUGUAACUUUCCGUGACCCUGAAUCAAAUGAUGUAGUGGACAAUGAAUCUGAUGUAUCUAACACUGACAGUAGUGUCCAUGAGAGGCAUAUAGCUGUAAGGCCUGGGAAGAAAGGGACAUGCUAUCGUUGCAUGAAGGGAAGUAGGCUUACGGAGAAGGAGGUUUGCAUUGUUUGUGAUGCAAAAUACUGUUCAGAUUGUGUGAUAAGAGCGAUGGGAUCAAUGCCAGAAGGAAGAAAAUGUGUUACAUGCAUUGGUAAGAGGAUUGAUGAGUCUAGGCGAAAGACCUUGGGUAAAUGCUCUCGGAUGCUAAAGCAACUGUUGGCUGUGGUCGAAGUUGAACAGAUAAUGCGUUCUGAGAGAUCAUGUGUGGCGAAUCAGCUACCACCAGAACUCAUUUAUGUAAAUCGACAGCGUCUUUCCAAACAGGAGUUAUUCCUACUGCUGACCUGUCCAAACCCACCCAAAAAACUAAAACCAGGAAACUAUUGGUACGAUAAAGUAUCUGGUUUAUGGGGAAAGGAAGGACACAAGCCUUGUCAAGUAAUCAGUCCCCAAUUGACUGUCGGGGGUCACAUCCAGGAAGGUGCUAGCAAUGGAAAUACGAGCAUAAUGAUAAAUAAUCGCAAGAUAACUAAAGCAGAGCUCAUUAUGCUGCAGUGGGCAGGGGUGAAAUGUGAAGGAGCAACUCACCUUUGGGUUAGUGCAGACGGGGCUUACCAGGAAGAGGGAAUGAAUAACAUAAAAGGAAAAUUAUGGAAUAAGACUGGAAUAAAGCUAAUUUGUGCUGUCCUGUCUCUGCCAACUCCUCCUAAUUCUGUCAGUCCAAGUGGGGAAGGAGUGAAUGAUGUUAUGGCAAACAACCUCGAGCAGAAAACACUCUAUAAGCUUCUUCUGGUUGGUCUUGAAAAAUCCGGCACAUGUACCAUAUUUAAACAGGCAAGAAUUGUAUACAGCGUUCCUUUUUCUGAAGAUGAGCGUCAAAGUAUCAAGUCUAUUAUUCAAUGCAAUUUGUAUGGCUAUCUGGGUAUACUGCUUGAGGAGCGUGAAAGAUUUGAAGAAGAAUGCUUGAUUGAUAAAAGACGAAAGGUUGUGCACCGGCAUAAUUCUUUAGGUCAGAUUGACUGUAAAACAAUCUAUUCUAUUGGCCCAAAACUGAAAGCUUUCUCAGAUUGGCUCCUCCAAGUAAUAGCAUCUGGCAAUUUAGAAUCCAUGAUCCCUGCUGCUGCUCGUGAAUACGCACCUUUUGUUGAGGAGUUGUGGAGAGAUGGAGCCUUCCAAGCCACAUACAACAGGAGGAAUGAACUCGAAUUGCUACCAAGGGUUGCUACUUAUUUCUUAGAACGGGCUGUUGAGGUUGCAAGGCCAGACUAUCAGCCAUCUGAUAUGGACAUCUUGUAUGCUGAGGGUUUUAGUUCAUCCAAAGGGCUUUCUAGCAUGGAAUUUUCAUUUCCUAAGGUGGCUCCAGAUUUUUGCGAGAAUAUUGGCUAUCAGCAUGAUCCCUUGCUGAGGUAUCAACUUAUCAGAGUUCAUCCGACAACCCUCGGAGGAAAUUGCAAAAGGCUGGAGAUGUUUGAAGAUGUUGAUGUUGUCUUAUUUUGUGUUUCAUUGAUUGAUUAUGAUGAGUUUUCUGAAGACAAGAAUGGAGUUCUCAUCAACAAGAUGAUUGCAAGCAGGCAGCUAUUUGAACGCACGGCCACUCAUCCAACUUUUGAAGAGAAGAAGUUCCUUCUUAUACUGAAUAAGUUUGACCUGCUCGAGGAAAAGAUUCAACAGGUUCCGCUGACUCAAUGCGAAUGGUUUGAUGAUUUCAAUCCUGUGAUUGGCUACAAUCCCAACAGCAGCAGCAGCACCAAUCCUUCAUUGGCACGUCGUGCCUCCCAAUAUAUUGCAGUAAAGUUCAAGAGAUUGUUCAGAGAUCUCACUGACAGGAAGCUGUAUGUUUCACUAGCUACUGGUUUGGAACCUGAUAAUGUUGAUGAAGCUUUUAAAUAUGCAAGAGAGGUUCUGAAGUGGAAGCAAGAGGAACUUAACUACCCCAACAAUGAGUUAUCUUCGACUAGCAUAGAGGCAAGUUCAUCCUCAUGAUUUUAACAAUGUUGUAAUCACAUAGAGGGUCGACUGAAGGGAAUAGAGGACCGCCUGCUAUUCACAAGACUUCCUCGCAAAAUCUGUGUAUAUUGUCCAUGAGCCAGUCAUGUAUAGGAAAGGGAAGUAGAGCUUAAAUCACAAAUAUUUCAAACAUGAAAGAAAUAGGAUUUUUCUGAAAA